CCAGUCAUGGAAGCUCAUGUAUCCUUUCUUUGUAGAUAUUACUGAUGCAGUAGCGGGAUGCCAACUUAGUACAUCAGCAAAGAGUAAGCUUCAUAAAGUUAUCAAAUGGUUACAGAGAAGUGCAGAUGUGCAUGGAAAUGGUGGAAGAAGCUACUGUCAAGUAUGCUUUUAGUCACAAAGGGAGUUAAAAUAUUCUUUCUUGCUUAUGAUCACAUGCAUUGCUACAUAAAUCAUAGAGUGAAAUACACACUCUCAGAGGGGGCUGUGUGAAGUCUACAUAGUUGAAACCUUCUUCCCAUGCUCAAAACAAUCAUCGGGAAAAUAGCACUCCUACAUUGGAUAUGAUUCUGGGCAGAUAAUAAAUUCUGUAAAUGCAUAUUCUAUUCUAUAUUUGAUCUCUGUCAUUUCAUGUUCAUUGUUUAAUUUAAAGAAACGUGCUUGAUUCAUUGCAUUUAAAUUCUUCUCAAGAUUCAAGUCCCUCUCUUGUAAUAUGAAAAAUAUAUUAUUUGUAUGUUCUUCAAUCGCUUAAAAAGAUUGAUUUCAUUUACUCCAUAUAACACUCUGCAGUGGAUACCGUUGCAAAUAAACUGGAAGCUACAUAAAGAGACAAAAUAUCAGGAUUGCUUCUCCCUUGAAGAAUUAUGUAGGCUUUCUCGUUCCUGCAAGUAGGAGGCUUUACACACAUGCAGAUAAUAACUUGGUUGAUGAUUUUGUUGCUCUUGGCUGUCAUCUGUGUGGUAUUCCUUUGAAUCAAGAACAUGGAUCAACCUUGAUUGUGGCCUCUCAGUUCUAUUGUCAGAAAAGCUCAAAUCACCUUCAUGUGUCACGCCACAUAUAUAGACCUUUCUUGGUAAGUUAUACCCAUAGUUUCUAACAUUUGUUUGCUAGGACCCUUGACCAUUUCAUGGCCAAUUUCACACAAGAAACAAAUUAUGAUUUUAAUUCAUAGAAGUGUACAAGAAUGAAUAGAAUUACCACUACCAAAUCCCAAAGCUUUCAGGGUGUUUGGUUACUUCGGUAAAAAAGUAUUAGGCAUUUUUGGAUUUUUGGAUUGACCUUAGCUCUUUGACGUGGUAAAAAAAGAGUAAUGGUAAAAAUACAUAAAAAUGUUUAAAACAAUAUAGUACUCCCUCCGUUCGGUAUCUUUCUUCAUAAUUGUCUUUUCAUGGUCAAUGUUUUUAAACUUUGACCACAAUGUGUUAAAAACAUACAUCGACUUAUGAUAUAAAUGUAUUAUCAAUAGAUACAUUUUGAGGCAUUUCCAUAAUCUUUGAUGGAGCCAAAGAUUCACUAUUUUUUGGCUUUGGGGUAUGAUGGAAUAGAGCAAAAUGGCUCUUUAAUUGUCUCUGCUUCUUUGAAUAGUUUACUCAAUGCAACUUUCGACGCUCAUCAUGGGUCAUCCGGAAAAAACCACUCUAUGUUUUAAACAUAGGGGUCAGGUUACGUACAUCCGACACUCCCUUACCCCGCAAUGGGCAAGAGCCUUUGAGGCACUGGGGUAAUGUUGUUAUUGUAGAUACAUUUUGAGGCAUACCCUGCUGUGUACCAAGACUCUUCUGGCUGGUAACCUCUCAAAAACUCUUCCCCCUCAGGCUGGUGCCUCAUGUGGCUAGCGACAAUCCCAGGGGUGGUGGUUUGGAGUCUAAUGGGUCUUCCUUCCAGUUCUUAAAAUGGGAUCAACUGCUCCAGUUUUUUCCGGUUUCUUCCAUCAUUCAACUCUGUUUUUCUAAUCCAAAAGAACAUGUUGUAACUGGUUAUUAUUGUUGGUUUGUUAGAAAUUGUGGAAUUAGUGCUUGGCAUCUGAUUGAUCCCACAUUCCUGUGCUAGUGAUGCAUUUACUAGAUGUUUUUCGGUCUUUCAUGGGAUAACUAGUCUAUCGUAGUAGGGGAUGUCUUCUCUCUAAUAUCCUUAAAUCUGCUUAUGGCCGUGAAUUGCUUGUUUUUUCAUAGACUUUUUACAGAAACAGAGACAUUAUUUUGGGGAGACAUUUUUCUGCAUGGGCAGAUGACCUAAAAUAUCUUGUGCAAUGUAGGGUUCUAAAAGACUCUAUGACUAACUGACUUACGUCUAAUGUUAGAGAGGUACAAUGAUUUUAAGACUAACUGGUUAUUAUUGCUGGUUUGUGAGACACUAUUGAGUUACUGCUCUGUUUUCGGCUGAUCUCCCAAAGAGAGAUACAAGAAGGAUGCUUUCAUGUGGUCUAAGGAAGAAGCAUCCUUUAAAAAGACACAAGCACUCAUUUCUGUGCCAGUUAUGCAUUUACCAGAUUUGCCUCGGCCCUUCAUAGGAAUAACUAGACUAUUAUAGUGUGGAAUUUCUUUUCUCUAAUAAGCUUAAAUCUACUUGUGACCGUGAAUUUCUUGUUUUGUAUUGGCUUUACAGAAAUUGAAACAUUAUUUGUUGCGGAGAUAUUAUUUUACUAGGGAAGAUUACCUAAGAUUUUUUAUGGAACGUAGGGUUCUGAUCUACGAGCAAACUAAUUAAACCUCUUCGGGGUGUACUAGUAGAUUGUAAGUUGCAUGUCGUACUUGGACUCUGUGACUAACUGGGCUACCUCUAAUGUUAGAGAGGUGAAAGUAUUUUAAGACUAACUGGUUAUUUUGGCUGGUUUCUCAGAAACUAUGGAUUAGUUACAAGAAGGAUGCUUUCAUGUGACCUGAAGAAGAAGCAUUCAUCCGACAGAAACAAUUCCUCAUUACUGUGCCAGUUAUGCACUUACCAGAGUUUCCUCGACCUUUCACAUGAACAACUAGUCUAUUAUAGUAGGGGAUUUCUUUUCUCUAAUAGGCUUAAAUCUGCUUAUGACCACAAAUUGCUUGCUUUAGUAUUGGCUUUACGGAAACAUUAUUUAUCGGGGAGACAUUUUUUUUGUUCGGGCAUAUGUCCUAAUUUUUUUAUGGAACAUAGGUUCUCACCUACAAGCAACAGUUACAACUAUCUGACAUCUUCCCUUUAAUAUCACUAUUUCUUAUCGUGGUGGGAAAGAAAAUCAAGGAGCUAAUGCCAUGUCUUGUCCGCCCCUACCUGCUGACUGUUCGCUUUGGCUAUACCAUUUAGCCUUGAUUUAUCUGACUUACAGGUGCUCUUGCAGUUGAUUUUUAUAUCAAUGGGAUUUUUACUUUGGCAUCUGACCCUCUGAGUCUCGCCCAGAUUCUCUAUGGCUGGAUCAUUUACUUUAUUUCAUUAUCGUUUGAUUAUCCUAGAUUAUAAAAUUUUGGAGCAAAAGCUGCUUUAAGAAGCUCAUAAUACCCCAGUUGCAGGUCAUAGUGGUUUUUUUAACACACUCCAGCAAGACAUUUGUCUCUUCUCAUAAGAUUUUAUUCACUCAUUUUAUUUGUCUGGAUUAAGGCAAGAAAUACAUCACCAGGUUCUAAAUUGUUUACAAUGUAAGCAGAAUACAUACCAAACUCUUCCUCCUGCAUGUGUUCUUCUUCAAUCUUUACCUAUUCCUAACGAAGUUCUUUCUAAGCAGUUUUUUGCACGAACUGUUGAGCCAAGCUCAACUCGUGGUGAGCACAUAUCAUACCCAUAGAAAAAUGGCCUAACUCAAUUGGUUUCCCAAGGAUUGCCAACCAUGCUGAUUCUAAAUGCUGUAUGUGUGGGAUGAUUCGAUUUAUACUUCGCUUAUUGUUACAAACAAGGCCGCGGAGCUUUUGUUUGGAAACAUCAAAGCCGAGGAAGUAUACCUAAGCAAUCAAAGGCAAAAGCUCUGGAAAACUCUUGAUGAUGCAGCUUCUCUUAAUUCAAAUAGUGCAAGUCUGGAGACUGCUAAGCCUCGUUCAUUUGGCAAUGAUAACUGCUUGGGACAUGAAGUUGAUGUGAAACCAAACUGGUACUUGAUUUGGCUAAUCCUGUUAAAGACUCUACUGCAGAAAGAGAAGAACAGUCCGUUGAAGUUUAUGGUUUCAGUAGAUCCCAAUAGAGAUUGGGAAGGUGGCAAAUUUGAGAUGGUUUCUGUCGUGUUACCAUAUUCCAAUUAAACGCAAAUUAUUAGUUUCAACUGGAUGUACCUCUCUUUGAGUACAUCAUGUACCAAAGAAGUUGUGGUGAUAGAUCGCGAUGAAGAGACCAGCAAAAACCCAUGAGGACCUGCGAUGAAGAGAAGGGCCCAGGGAGAGUGACCUGACCCUAGGCGACGGCAGCUCAUAUGCAGCGCAAAUGACUCACUGGGCGACAACUUCCGUGCGUGGAACCGUACCUAUCAUUUGCAGUGGCACGGUUAUGGUCGGCUUCUUGCAGCAUUUCCGGUAGUAUUUUGAGUUUGUACCCAUGCAUGAAAUGAGUAUUAUGUUACUCUUUUUUUGAAAAAGUAUUAUGUUGAUCUUCCGUAUUUUGUACGGAGUAUAACUUUAAUGAAUAUUUUGUGGCUUUCAAAUGUGUAU